AUGGAAAGGUACUUUAAACCUAUAAAAAAAUCUGCUGGGACCACAAGGGAUGUUUUAGAAGAUGAGAAUCCUAAACCAGAGCUAGCAAAGAAGCCUCGUGUAGGUGUUGUGCUUAAUCCGGAUGAUAUUAUUGCUGAUCCAAGCCUCCGUAAGCCUAUUGAGGAAUAUGAUGGAGAUAGGUUAAGGAGUUUUAAGGAAGCAUGGUUCAAGAAGUUUGAUUGGUUGGAAUAUAGUGUGGAGAAAGAUGCAGCCUAUUGUUUCUACUGUUACCUCUUUAAACAGCCUAGUGUUGGUAAAUUUGGGAACGAUGUCUUCUCAAAAUCUGGUUUCCAAAACUGGAAGAAUGUCUUAGAAUCUUUUGCUGGGCAUGUUGGUGGAGUUAAUAGUUUUCACAAUAACGCAAGGCGGUUUUGUGAGGAUUUCAAAACCUCUAGACAAAUUGAAACUGCUGAGAAACCCUGUAUGACUGCAAUUUUAGAUGUUUCUAUUGACCUUGCAUUUAAAGAACAUGUCGUUGUUUACAAGGAAUUGAUUUCUCCAGAGAUGCAAAAUAUUUUGGUAAAAUCAUGUGCAGAAAUGACCAUACAGACCAUUGUUAAUGAGAUUGGAGAUGGUUAUUUCUCUGUACUUAUUGAUACGCCUCAUGAUACACUGAUGCUGGAUAGAAUUUCUGUUAUUGUGAGGUUUCUCAACAGGCAAGGGCAGGUUAUUGAAAGAUUACUUGGGGUGGAACAUACAAGUGUUGAUACAGGCCCUUUAAUGAAAGUAUCUUUGGAUGGUUUGUUAGCUUGUCAUGGUUUAUCCAUAUCAAAACUCAGAGGACAAGGAUACAAUGUAACCUCAAAUAUGAGAGAAGAAUUUGAUGAGCUUAAGUCAAUAAUUCUGAAGGAAAAUCCACAUGCUUAUUAUAUCCACUGUUUUGCCAGCCAGUUACAGUUGGUGGUAGUAUCAGUUGCAAGGAACAAUAAAGUAGUUUGUGGUUUCUUUUGUUACGUUGAUAAGAUUGUUAAGGCAAUGGGUCCUGCUGCUCAUACACGUUGGGGCUCAUACUGUACAACUUUACUCAAUCUACUUACAAUGUGGGAUGAAGUGUUGGAUGCACUAGUGAAUAUGUACGAUAAUGGUAUUUAUCCUGAACAAGGAAGUAUACCGUCAGAUAUGAUAGAACAAAUGGAGAGCUUUGAAUUUGUAUUUGUUUUGCAUUUAAUGAUGCAUGUGUUGAUCUCGACUAAGGAUUUGUCAUAUCUGUUGGAACAUAAGGGUAAAUGCAUUAUGAACUCACUGGAGUUGAUCGCUCCUGUGAAAAAUACUUUGCAAGACUUGAAGGAGAAUCAGUGGGUUGACCUUUUGGAAGAAGUCAAGAGCUUUUGUGUUUUGAAGUCUAUUCCAGUGCCAAGUAUGGAUGAUAGAAUACCAGUUAGGGGAUACUCGAGGCGUAGGGGGCUAUUUGUUACUUGCUAUCAGCAGUAUUAUGUUGAGACUUUCACUGCUUUGAUUGACUUAGUUACUUGUGACAUAAACAAUAGAUUCAGUAAGACUUCCAUGGAUCUAUUGAGAUGCAUUGCUUGCUUUGAUCCAGAUGGCUCCUCCAAAUUUGAUAAUGAUGUGCUUCUUAGUCUUGCUGAUCUUUACUCUGCCGAUUUCUCUAUGACUGACCGCGAAAUGCUCAAAGAACAACUUCACAUGUUCAUUAUUAGUGUGAGAAAUACUUCUGAUUUUUCAAGCUGCAAUGAUCUUGCAACUCUUUCCCUGAAGAUGUGGCAACACCCACAACUGAAAGGGCCUUCUCAGCAAGGAAUAUCUUUGAGGAAGAAUUUUGUGAUAACAGGAAUGGUUGCUUUUGGUCAUACAAUCCUGGUUUGA